AUGAAGACCUGGCUGAACCAAUCAUCCACUGAUGACUUUGUCCUUUUGGGCAUCUUCUCCCACAGUCCAACUGAUCUUCUUCUUUUCUCUACAGUCAUGGUAGUCUUCACAGUGGCCCUCUGUGGGAAUACCCUUCUCAUCAUCCUCAUUUACAUAGAUCCUCGACUUCAUACACCCAUGUACUUCUUCCUCAGUCAGCUUUCCAUCAUGGACCUCAUGUUGGUCUGUACUAAUGUGCCAAAGAUGGCAAUCAACUUCCUGUCUGGCACAAAGUCUAUAUCCUUUGUGGGUUGUGGCCUACAAAUUGGUCUUUUUGUUUCUCUUGUGGGUUCCGAGGGACUGUUGCUUGGACUCAUGGCUUAUGACCGCUAUGUGGCCAUUAGCCUCCCUCUCCUCUAUCCCAUCCUUAUGAGUCAGAGGGUCUGUCUACAGAUCAUUGUAGGCUCCUGGGUCUUUGGGAUAGUCGAUGGUUUGAUUCAGAUGGUGAUAGUAAUGACCUUCCCCUAUUGUGGCUUGAGGGAGGUAAACCACUUCUUCUGUGAAAUGCUAUCAGUAUUGAAACUAGCCUGUGUAGAUACAUCCCUUUUUGAGAACGUAAUAUUUGUUUGCUGUGCUUUCAUGCUCUUCUUUCCCUUCUCCAUCAUUGUGGCCUCCUAUGCUCGUAUCCUGGUGACAGUAUACUGUUUGAGCUCUACUCAGGCUCGUAAAAAGGCUUUAACCACCUGUUUUUCCCACCUGAUAGCUGUCUCCCUCUUCUAUGGGGCAGCUAUGUUCACUUACCUGAGGCCUAUACAUUACCGAGUCCCUAACCAUGACAAGGUGGUCUCUGUCUUCUACACGGUUUUUACUCCUAUGCUCAACCCCCUUAUUUAUAGCUUGAGGAACAGGGAAGUGAUGGGGGCACUGAGGAAGGGGCUGGGUAGUUAUAGGAUCAGCAUCCAACACUGA